GCCACGAUACGUCAUCAGUUUUUGUUGUAAACACUGCGGCGCCGAUUUCAACGAUUUCUUUUAGAAUCUUUUAGAAACUACAGGCUGAUCUAACAUGUUCAAGAUAUUUUAUAGAUUACCCGACACGUCAUACUAAUGGAUAAACAGAUAAUCUUUCGAGUUAUUUGUCGAUGUACCAAAAAUGACAUUAUUGAUACUUGUAGGAAGUGGAAUUUUCUCCCCGAAGUAACUCUGCAACAGAUAAACCUCAAGAAACCCAAAAUUCGGAUUGCAGAAGAUGUUUACGAAAGUUGUCAAGAAGAAGAUGUUGACAUUCAGGCUGCUGGAGAUCUUGAUCUCAUCUACAGCCAGAUCCAUUCAGAGAGUAGAAAAUGGAGUGUUUGCGAACUCCGAGGUCAAGAUAAGGUCCAUUUCAUCUCCAGUCCAAAUGCAUUCAGGAAGCUGAUUGUGUCCAAAAUGAAACUGUACUUCGAUGACGUGCAUGUGAAUGUGAACAUGUUUGGUGGCGCCCUCUGGAGUCGUGUUCACAUCGUAGAUGUGAAGCACCCCACGGUGUACAAGCCUAACGAUGUCAUCUACAUGGUGCACUACCCCAAGACCCAGUUUGUAGUCAUCUCCAGGAUCAAGGCUAAAGAUGAAGACAACUUCAUUGAGGCCCUGCUACCAGUGUUCAAGACAGACGAGGUUCACAGCCUCCAGCUGGUUGGAAGUCACGUCCCCUCCUUGGUAGAGCUGGCUCUCAACAAACACAGCCAGGGAUCAUUUGGGAAGUACAGGAGCAUUGAAGAAAGGGAAAACCCCCUUACAAGGAAGUCGAACAGAAAGCGUAAAGCGUCAUCUGAACCAGUGAAGGACUUCGACAAGCGACUCAGAGGUGAGAAUGAAGAAGAGAAGAAACAACGGAUGGAGUUGCUUGACCACACAUUUGGGAGUGCUGACCAGCCAACUCUGGAGAAGCUGGAAUACAAGAUGGAUGUAAAAUUUCGUGGAACUAAGUUUGUCCCCAUGAUGGCCAACAAAGACAGACCAUUCCGCUGCCGCAUCAAGUUUGAAGGACCAUCGGUGCUUGAGGGUGUCCGGAAUUUGGGCAAGGCUGGCCUCGCAUCCUUGCCACUGCCAUCUCAUCUGGCCAAAGUCAACUCCCUUGCCAAAAACUUUUUUGUAAUUCGGGACAAGACUGCAAUGAAUAAAAACCAAACAUGAACCUUUGAAUGGUUGUAAUACUGUGAACUCGUACUGGAUUAUCCUUUUUUUGGACACGCUUCCCAACUGUGAAAAUAAUGAUAAUAACAAUGCUGUUCUGUAUUCGUCAAAGUGAAAUUGAUAAACAUACUUGAUUCUAGUGCCUGACUAUGAUAAUAUGUUGUAUUUUUGUACACAAAUUCACUAACAAAAGCAUUUAUGAUAUCAAGCCUUGAAACAGUUUACAAUGAUGUGUAUUGUUAUUCUUCUGUUGACCAACUGUUUAGAAAGUGGAUGAGAAAAGUUUGAAGUUCCAGGGAACUCCUAUUUAUAACAACAUUAAGGUUAUUUUUGUCCAUUUGAAAAUGAAACAAACAUCCCUUUUGUAAGAUCCAUGAUGUGCAUUUUACUCAAAUUAAAAAGAACAAGCACAGUUUUGCAUCUAAUGAGCCAAUACUUAUUAUGUUAGGAAAGUUAUACAAUUUCCUGUGUAAUGACAUCACUUAGAAGUAAAAUCCUGGUGCUUCUUUGUGUAGAUUUAUUGUAAGGAACUCAAUUUUAUCUUUAAAUUUUAAGUUUGAAUUUGGAAUGAGCCAUUCAAACUGACUUUUAGAAUUGUUUUUGUUUUGCUUACUUUUUAAUUGACUUAGAUGUGGUCUGGGCAGAUAGGAAUUGUGUUUCUCUGUAUUGUUUUGUUGAGCGUAUGCUUUGUUAAAUAUGGAAUAAAUAUUGUAAACAAA